UUUCCUCUUCAUAGCCUUCUUCGUCUCAACGCUUUCUCAUUACAUCCAUCUCCUACGUUUUUCCAUUAACAAGCUUCAAGCUUUCCAAGCGGUGAUCUUCAACCCUCAAAAGGGAGAAAAAGAAAAGAAGAUGAAGCGAGCCUUCGAAAUCACCUUAAUAUCGGCGGAGAACAUACGGCUCAACAAAAAGCCAGUGAAGAACGCGGUCGUGGCGGUCCGAGUGGAGCCCGGCCACGAAUGCUUCACCAAACCGGCGCCGGACAAAGGAACAAACCCUCGGUGGAACGAGAAUCUCAUCGUUGACUUGCCGCUUCAUGCGGGCUUCAUUACCGUGGAAGUGAAGUGCAGGAGCUCGUCGGGGAGUUACAAGCUCGUCGGCGGAGCGACGGUCCCAGUUUCGGAUUUCGCCGGAGAUCCUGGCGCACCCAAGCGUGACGUGCAUUUUCUGAGUUAUAGGUUGAGGGAUUCUCAUGGCGUGAGGACGGAUGGCAUCAUUAACAUUUCAGCGAAAAUGGCCGGGCCGGCACCGGCACCGGCACACAGAUAUGAGUUUCCUCAGCCGCAGAUCGGAGUGCCAGUCGGUCAUCCAAGGAACAUGAUGGCGGCUGGCGGGUUAGUGACCGGAGUCCCAGUUUGGUACGCGCAGCCUUGUAAAUGUUGAAGCCAAAGCUGACCAAACUAAGUUGACCUUUUCUUUUAGACUGAUUUUUAACUAGUGCUAGCCCAACAUUGUUAGUAAACACAGUACGUGCAAUUGAAAAAUUUCGUGGAUC